AUGGUCGCGAAUGAAUCGACUCAUGGUACCUCGAAGAUUAAAAGAACUGCAUCUAACAGUAGUAGUAUCGAAACAACAGUGACAAAGUUGUUGAUGUCCACCAAACACCUCCUCCAAAUUCUAACUCAAUGGUCCAAGGGAGUAACAUCAGGGAGAUCGGUGUCUGAUGCAUAUGUUCAGUUGGGGAACGACUUCAAAGUCGUGUCGAAGUUUUUUAUGCAUGCUAAAGUUGAUAUGUCGGAUGUUGGCGAUGUGCCAAUGGCUUUAAGACGUGUAUUGGAAGUAACAUUGAGGGAACCACCAUCAGACGAAACUUUGAACAAACAUCUACCAAAAAUCAGAGAGAUCAUAGUGGCGCUUUUGGACAAAUUAAAGGUUAAACAAGCCAUUUUGAAGAAUAUGCAGCAAGAGCACCGAAUAAAUGUAAAACCACAUCAUCAGCAAAAUCCUUCGUUUACUAGCAACCUUUCAUUGGGAAGUGGAAGUACCCGUGAGGGGACUCCAUUUAGCAGUAGAAAAAGCAGCAUUGUACGUGAUCAGAAGCAGAGCAAUUCAAAAGAAGGUAUGCAUGAGGUGAAACUAAAUCCUGCUUCCAUAGAGGUAUUACCUGUCCCGCCCAAGGUAGCUUUGAUUCAACCAGCAACUAAUUCUAUAUCAAAUCUGCCUAGCAAUGCAACAAACACGUCAGAUGACGAUGACGCACUUUCACAGCUGAAGAAGGGAACUAAUUUGCAAAGAAGAGCAUCAAAAAGAUAUUCUGCAUACCAUAUGGCUAAAUUGACCAAUCAAUCCACAACAGAGGCUGCUGCUGCUGCCGGUCUUACAUCGACGCCGUCGCCAUCAAUGUUACAUCUUGAGGAAACUGUUAGAAAAUCAAAACUCUACGGGAGUAGUAACAUUGAUGAUGAGAGUACCUUCACAACAAACAAUGAUAAAAGUAUUGAUGAUGUAUCCAGGACAGGUUCUGAAACAUGCAUGAAAAAUUCAUUAGCGGAAGUGACGUUGUCCACUGAGAACGCUGUUGUAUCUCCGCAAAGAUUAUCCAGCGUUGUUACGACUAAACCAAACGAUGCUAUGAAUGGAACCUGUCCAAUUUUUUUAAAAAUGGGUGACAAAACAAAAAAGUGUAAUAUUCAACUUCCAGUCACAAAAAAUGCAUUAAGGCUCCUAUUCAUUGAACGGUUCACUUAUUCUCCUGGUGCAAAUUCCUUUCCAGAUAUAUAUAUUAUGGAUCCCCAAUAUGGAGUAUUCUAUGAACUGGAGGAACAGAAUUUUCAUGACGUUAAAGAAGGAUUUGUUAUUGAACUGAGGCUUGAAAAAGAUCCCAAUAAUAGCAUCAAGAAUUUUAUUGAUACAAUUAAGACAGAAAUAUCAAAUAGCCAGAAUGAUAUAAUAAGGUGUUUGAAAGAAGUUAACAUUGGUUCUGCAGUUAGUGGCGGGCAAUCAACUGUUUCGUCACAACCUGCCCUUGAAGUCGAAGAACGUAGAAGUCCGGGGCCAACCAAAUUGAAGGAUGGUAAGGCAACUAAGGAUAUUCAGUAUGAACUGGGAAAAAUCAAACAAGUAAACAACGCGAAUAGAAAGCAUAUUGACCAAACCAUAUUUAAUAUUCUACAGAAGGUGGAUAAAUUCAAAUCUUUAUCAUUUUCUACCAAAAAUUCCUCAAAUAGGAUAUACAUGGAAAAAUCACAGACUGAGCUCGGUGACUUAUCAGAUACCCUUCUAAGUAGGGUAGAUGAUUUGCAAGACGUGAUCGAAAUCAUGAGAAAAGACGUUGCUGAGCGCAGGUCACAGCCUGCCAAAAAGAAACUGGAAACUGUGUCUAGAGAUCUGGAGAAUGCCCAAACCAACCUGAUUAAGCUCCAAGAGUUUGUCGAUACUGAAAAACCACAUUGGAAAAAAACUUGGGAGGCUGAGUUAGACAAGGUUUGCGAAGAACAACAAUUCCUUACGUUACAGGAAGAAUUGAUUCUCGAUUUGAAGGAAGAUUUGGGUAAAGCAUUGGAAACUUUUGAUCUUAUCAAAUUAUGCUGUGAGGAGCAAGAAAAGAACCCUUCAAGAUCAAAGAAUAAUCCUAUACUGCCCAUUAUGAGACCAGGUACAUUCAACCAAGUAAGAGAAGAAGUCAUGGUGGCCGUUCAAUCUUUGAACCCCGAUCAUGGUAGCAGGGUAGAAGCUAUUGACAGGGCUGAAAAGAUGUGGCAGAUGGAAAGGAAACUCAAGGCUAGUAAUGAAUUUGAUGAUGAACUGGAAAAUUUCGUGGGUAAUUCAAACCUGAAAAAGUCAGGAGGUUUUGAAGAAGUAGAAAGGAUAAGAAAACAAAAAGAUGAAGCAAACUUGAGGGCAUAUUUCGGGCCUGGAUUUGGUUGA